AUGAAUCCAUGGGAGUCGUGUGCGCUUGAGUAUCAAUUCUCCAACAACGAAAAUGAGCAAGGUUCUCAGGGAAACGCUGCGUCUUGGCGACGACCCCAAGCCGCCGCCGAUCCUGUCAUGUACCCCGGGCUGUACUGUCCCUCGGGCUUCGACAUGAUGAGCAUUCUUCUACGCGUCGCGGGCCGCCCCAACCCUAAGGUCGAACUUGGCGCCAUCGACUGCUCCGUCGCCCUGCUGCUCUGCGACCUCCAGCAACCCGACACUCCGAUCGUGUACGCCUCUGAACACUUCAGCAUCCUCACCGGCUACACGAACAGAGAGAUCCUCGGCAAGAACUGCCGCUUCCUCCAGGCGCCCGGCGGCAAGGUCAGCAAGAAGUCGGCCCGCAAGCACGUCGACAAGGAAACCGUCAAGAGCAUGCGCAAGGCCGUCGAGAUGAACGACGAGGUCCAGCUCGAAGUCCUCAACUUCAGGAAGGACGGCACCCCUUUCGUCAACCUCCUCACCAUGAUCCCCGUCCGCUGGGACUCCCAAGAUUUCCGCUACUCCGUCGGCUUCCAGGUGGAGCGGGAGAACUGA